AUGUCUUGUAUGAGGGCAUGGAAGCUGAAUUUUCUGAACCAUGGGCCAACCUCAGAUCAAUCCGAAAAAGCUUCAGGUUUAAAUAAUCAUCAGAAGGAGUUGUGUAUAAAGCAAUACAAAGAACUUGUGAAGCUUGUACCAACCUUCAGUGACAUCAUAUCAGGAUUUAAAAAUAUUCUGUCGGCCUUAGACAAUUUUAUCCAUGCGCUUACGUGUACUGCAAAUGAUGUACGAUCUGAUGAUACAGGGAGCCUGAUGAACCCCAAAACCAACCGGUUUAACCCACCUCUACUCAGGCAGCAUGAUAAGAUUACUUGUGGAUGGAACCACCCUCAGGCUGCGCGACUACUGUGCCUAAUAUGGAUGCUUGACGUGUUCAACAAAAAUCUCCAGGACUUUAUGGAUAAGGUAAAGGAAGGAAAAAUCAAGGUUGUCUUCGAGGAUACUACCUCAAACAUGUCUUUCACCACAUAUUCACUGGACAAUCGGGUGCUAUUUCUGCAACUGCUCACAAAGGCACAAAGGCUCCAAAAGGUCAAAUUCAUGCCGUACAGAGAGAAUCCUGGACUCCUGCAGCAUGGGCGCUCCAGGGCUAGGAUAGAUGCGGGACUUCAUGCAUUUGAAAGCAAGGAUGACAUGGACAGUUUUUUUGAAUCUAAUGAGCGCUUUCCUGAUAAUGGAGAACAGGGCCCACAAGAUAGGACCAAGAAUAGUGGCAAUGCAGAGAACACAUAUGCUAAUGUACAUUCUGCCCUAGUGGUGUCAGAUGAUAACAAGUCAUAUCAGCUCACCACUCCAAGUUUACACUUAUAUUGGCUUGUCCCCAAUAUUUUGUUGACAAACAUGAUGACCUGCACCAAACUGGUUCGGUGCAUGGGUGACUAA